AUGUGUUUAUUCCCCUUUCUGUUCGGGCGUGGCCCUGGAUACACUCCAUCUCCAACCUCCUCCUACUUCUCCACCACUGGCUCAGACGGCUAUAUCUCCGACGCCGACACCAUGUCUUCGAGUUAUUCCUCGUCCGAAGAGGAGGGCGCGCAGACCCUCAUCCACACGCAGCCUGUGCGCCGCGGCCAGCGGAUGCGUCUGUGGCCUCCCAUCACCGACAUGGAGGACGAGGUCGAGGACCAGGACCAGACCGGCAGUGAGAGCGCCGGGCCCGGGGUCUCUGAGGCCCAGACUUCGAGCGACUCUGAGGAUGGGGACGCGACCAUGUCUCUGGAUGAGACUGUGUCUAUCGAGAACGAGUCCGGGUCUACGAAGGAGAGCUACGAUCGCGUCCGCAGUGGGAUGCACAGCAACAGUUCAAGCGACACUGAGGCGUGCAAGCGUGGACACAACAGCCACAUCCUCCCCAACACCCCCUUUCGCCACACCACAACCUACGCCCGCCUAGGCCGCCCCGAAGUCGUCCCCGGCGCCACCACCUCAGCAACCCCGUACCCAGCUCCCGCCCGCGCCCGCGCCCGCGCCUCGGGGCCCUCCUCCUCUACCACCACCCCCCGCCCCCGCCGCAAGAAGACCGUCGUUGCCGCCUCCAAGACGCCCCGCGCCACCAUCGUGCGCCGCCGACCCUACGACUCGAGCUCCGACUCCGACCUCGACCGCCCGGUGAUCCGCAGCUUCUUUAGCGCGUACGCCCCCGUCCCACGCCGCGGCGACGAUAACACCCUGCCCCAGCGUCCCAUGGUCCGCCGCGCCGCCUACCUCGAUAUCGCGGCCGUGCACCCCCACCUGUUCGCCGUCGAGCCGCUCCGCGACGACCCCGACCGCGCCUACGAUGCCGAUCAGUCGGACAAUUCGUCGGAUCGGGAGGAGUUCAGCGAUUGGUCGGAUCUGGAGGAUACCGGGGAUACUGAUACUACCGGGGAUACUGGUGGUGGUGCUGCUGCUGGCGGUGCUGGCGGUCCUACUAAGCAGGAGAAGAAGUGAGACUUGGAUAGGGAGAGUUGGUCCUGCUCCUUGGCUUUGGGAAGCCUGAUCUCGCUUACCUUACUCGCUAUGUCUGUACUGUAUGUACGGGGAACUACCGUCGCAUAUCUGUUCAUGGCUUGGACUCGGCUUGUCGAACUUAUCUGGUGCUUCUCUCUUUGACUUCUGCUUGGCUUUUGCCCCGCUUAGGUGGUCAUCUGGAUGUGAUAUGGCUUUUCUUUUCGGAACGGGGAUCUUGUUCGUUUGGGUCUGGGUCGAUUCACCUACAGUACAGUAGUACACUUUCGAGGAUCGAUCGUCCGGUUGCCAGGGGGUCAGGUAGUCAGGGGGUCAGAUCUAGAGGUGAUAUUUGUUGCGUUUAGCUAGCGGAGUUGUAGUUUUCUUUGGCCCU